CUCUCUCUCUUCUCUGAAAAGAAGUGUUUGUAGAGAUGGAAUACAAGGAGAGAGCUGCCCUAUUAACAACGCCCGUCACUAUUCCUACUAAAGUCAUCCCUUACUCAACAUCAUCCUCCUCUUCUUCGCCGCCACCGCAACCACCACCACCGUCCCAGUCCUCAUCUCCAACCACUCCUCCUCCUCCUCCUUCCCUCCCCAAUACUCCGCCCCCACCCCUGCCGGCGGUCCUCAGCCCAUGCGCCGCCUGCAAGAUCCUGCGUCGGCGGUGCGUGGACAAGUGCGUCUUGGCCCCGUACUUCCCGCCCACCGAGCCUUACAAGUUCACCAUCGCGCACAGAGUGUUUGGAGCUAGCAACAUCAUCAAGUUCUUGCAGGAACUUCCAGAACCGCAGAGAGCGGAUGCAGUGAGCAGCAUGGUGUACGAGGCCAGCGCGAGGAUCCGAGACCCGAUCUACGGCUGCGCCGGAGCCAUCUGCCACCUCCAGAAGCAAGUGAGCGAGCUCCAAGAGCAGCUCGCCAAGGCUCAGGCCGAGCUCACCAACCUCGAGCUGCAGCGAGCCAACCUCGUGGCGGCCUGCAUGGAAAUGGCUCAAUCUCAAGAGCCGGCCAUCAAUUUCCAGCGGCAAUUCAUCGACUCGACCAGCUUCUUUGAUGAUGGCUCGGCUAGCUGGGAAUCGCUUUCCUGGACGUAACUGUGUGUGACACAUGAGACUUCAGCUUUACAAUUGUACUCGGGAAAAUGAACCACGAGAAAAGGCCAAAAA